AUGAGUGGAAAGGAUGAGGCGCAGUCUAACGAGCUUCAAAGGUUGAUUUCUGAUGGUAUGACUCUUGUAUGUGCAGGAAACAGUGACGAGAGCUUACAGUCAUCACAUUCUCAACCUUCAGCUCCAAUAGCUAAUAUUACUGAUGACUUUUUUAUGGAAUGUAAAAAGUUAAACAAUGGAGAACUGGUAAUGGCUGAUGAUUUUCAACUAUCGGAGGCAAUGAGUGCAAUAGAGCUUAUGGAUCCAAAAAUGGAUAUUGGCAUGAAACCUUUUGAUCCAUCGACAGCUUUUGAAAGUUUAAUAGCAUCUGGUCGCCUAAACAUUACCAGUAUGGAUGAGCGGGAAAUGAUAGCAACAAUGGAUGCUAUGUUAGCUUCACUGAUUUCUUGGCUUGAGGGGAAUUCUAUCGCACAAACGUUGUUGACAUGUGUUUUCUUGAAUCAUAUGGAUUCAGUAACCGAUUCUGUGCUAUCAGCUUUUUCUUAUGGUGUUUUGGAGCUUACAACAGUUUUUCGUCAUAUUAUACAGAUGGCAUCUGUUUAUGAAGAAGAAGACUUUAAUGGGUAUGCAGCACAGUUUCAUCUGUUGCCGAUACCUAAAUUGACGAGUUCGUUGAAAGCAACUGAAAUUGAUUUGCAGCGGAGAAUAAAACAAAAACCAGCCAAUCAGGAAUUACUGGAUGCGGUGCUAUAUCGUAUACAAUUCAUUCGCUUUAUGCUUCUUUCACUCAGUUUAUUGGUUCAUUCUCCCACGAAUUCUUAUUCUCGAUCAAAUUCUCAUUAUUUCAGGCCCAAUCUGGAAGAAUGUGCUUUACAUUUGAACAUUGUUUGUCUAUUAUUGGACAAAAUGGAAUCAACCAUAUCUUUGGGGUUGCAACCACCGGAAAAGAAUGAUGAAGAUUAUGCUUGGUUACCGGCAUUCGAACCUGAUAUAAACAGAAGGCAGUUACCGCCAACAUUUCCACGGAAUACAAAGAUGAUAAAUCGAACGGAAACUAUACGAUAUUUAAAAAAACUUUGUUCAAAAAUUUCAUCUAUUACCACUGAAUUGCCUUCAAAAAUUUCUAAUAUUGAAGACAUAAUUGAUUACUUGCGAACCUUUAGCUUAGCAGACAGUUGUGUUUUAUCCCGUUCGCUGCUGCAGAUGGUUCUAUUUCCCAGUGACGAUAAUAUUUUGGGACGUGUGCAGCUCUCCACUGUCAUUGUUGAUUCAAUUCGCAUAUUUGCUGCACCACCAGUUCUUGAUUCAAUGAGUCAGGCCUUCAGCGUUGAACAGUGUCGUGAGUGCUGGGAAGAAUUUGUGAAUGAUUCAGUAAAAGUUUUUCUCGGUGUAAUUCAAAUGUUUGGGCUGAAUCCAGCUAGACAACGUGAAAAAAUUGUCUGCUGUAUUGAAGAUUUCUCGACAUUGCAAGCUGAGGCUGAACGUGCGGAGAAUGCAUUUGAUUUGUAUUACUUCGGCCAGGAAGCAACGAUAAAUCUCUCGUUGACGUCUUUCGUGAUGUUACAUACAUUAUCUCUUAUAAAAUAUCAUUUCUAUCUGUCAUUUUACCUCGAUCUCUUUGCCUCAUUUGAGUACUCAUAUGUUUAUUGGUAUUUAGGUGAAAUUAUAUUUAAAUGGUUAGUCAAUACGUUAGACCGUUCUGUCACGCUCGUAGCUGCUGGCGAGAAAAGAAUGUCGAAAGUGCGGAAAAAAAGUGACCGCAAAAAAUUGGCUAAGUGUAAGAAAGAAAUUGAAAUGAAGAAGAAAGCUGUAGAAAAGCAAAGAUUUUUAUUAUUUUAUCGAGCACAGGCUAAAGUAGCCGAAGCAUUUUUUAUGGCGGCAGUUGCUUUGAUAGCAACGGGUAAGAUUCGAAUGCCUUUAUCAGAUACGGAACAGUCUCGUUUCGAGCAUCGCAUGUCACCUUUUUCGUCUCUCAACUCUGUCACUUUCCGCAUUGCUCUUUUUGUUGAAUAUGCUCAGUAUAUCCACAUCUCAAGGAUAGAAUCGUUGCGAGCGCUUGGUGGAGCUAAGUGUUUCUCAAUUGCAGCGGAUGCAUUUGACUGGGCUCGAGGUGAGUUAGAAAGUUUGAGCGGUAAUGAUGAAAUCGCGCAGGAAGCUGCUGCUAUUGCCCGAAUAUGUAAGAAUAACGCAGUUGUUUCACGGAUAAUUUCUUCGGGCAGCAAAAAUGAGUCUCAAAUCGAUUUUGUAUUCAAUGGCGACUCAUCAUACAUGUAUCCUUUGCUCAAAAUUACUUGA